CCGGAAGUACCUCGUUUAGAAAAGAAGGCCUUGAGAAAGAGGAAGAUCCAGUCCAGCUGCGGCUUUUGUAUUAAAGCUAAAAUGGCGGCGGCGCAGACCCAGAGCGGGAUUCUGCUCAGUGCGCUGUGCCCAAAGUUUUUGCACACAAACUCAACCAGUCACACUUGGCCUUUCAGUGCCGUGGCCGAACUUAUUGACAAUGCUUACGAUCCAGAUGUGAAUGCAAAACAAAUGUGGAUUGACAAAACAGUUAUAAAUGAGAACACAUGUUUAACAUUCAUGGACAACGGAAACGGUAUGAAUGCAGACAAGUUACAUAAGAUGCUGAGCUUUGGCUUCAGUGACAAAGUUACACUGAAUGGUCGUGUUCCAGUUGGCUUGUAUGGAAAUGGAUUUAAAUCAGGAUCUAUGCGCCUGGGGAAAGAUGCGGUUGUUUUCACCAAGAAUGGAGAAAUUAUGAGUGUGGGCCUGUUGUCGCAGACCUUCUUGGAAGCUACAAAGGCAGAACAUGUCAUUGUUCCCAUCAUAUCAUUCAAUAAAAAAAGACUAGUAAUGAAUCCAGAGGAAUCAAAGGCCAGCUUAAAGGCUAUCCUGGAACAUUCCUUGUUUCCCACAGAAGAGGAGCUGCUUGCAGAACUUGAUGCCAUUAUAGGGAAAAAAGGCACAAGGAUCAUCAUUUGGAACCUUCGAAGAGAGAAAAAUGAACAAACUGAAUUCGAUUUUGAUACAGAUAAAUAUGAUAUUAGGAUUCCUGCAGAUUUAGAUGAAGUAACAGGGAAAAGAGGCUACAAAAAACAAGAGAGACAGGACCAGGUUGUUCCUGAAAGUGAUUAUUCAUUACGGGCUUAUUGCAGUAUUUUAUAUUUAAAGCCAAGAAUGCAGAUCAUUAUAAGAGGACAAAAAGUGCAAACACAACUGGUUUCCAAAAGCCUUGCCAACAUAGAACGUGAUGUUUACAAGCCAAAAUUUUUGGCUCCAAAAACUGUAAGAAUUACUUUUGGAUUCAACUGUCGAAAUAAAGAUCACUAUGGGAUGAUGAUGUACCACCGAAACAGACUAAUUAAGGCUUACGAAAGAGUUGGUUAUCAACUAAAGGCAAACAAUAUGGGUGUAGGUGUAAUUGGAAUUAUUGAAUGUAACUUCCUAAAGCCAACCCAUAAUAAACAAGAUUUUGAUUACACAAAUGAAUACAGGCUUACAAUACAUGCACUUGGUGACAAGCUUAAUGAUUACUGGAAUGAGAUGCAAGCAAAGAAAACAGAAUAUCCUCUAGAAGUGCUAUUUGAAGAUACUCAGAAGCGGCCUGAUCAGACCUGGGUUCAGUGUGAUUCAUGUCUAAAAUGGAGAAAGCUUCCAGAUGGAAUUGAUCACUUACCAGAGAAGUGGUAUUGUUCAUACAACCCUGAUCCUCAGUUCAGAAAUUGCAAUGUGCCUGAAGAACCUGAAGAUGAUGAUUUAAUACCAUAUGAGAAAACACAUAAGAAGAAAGACAGAGAGAAAUUAAAGAAAAGACUGGAGUUUAGCCAACAGAUUUAUAAUGAAAUGUAUUUACAAACAUCAUCUGCCUUGUCCAACACACCCCCAGUGAUGAGUGAAAGUGUUUCAAGAUUGCAUGUGGAUGUUUCAGAUACUUCUCUUACAAGGCCAAUAAAUACAUCAGAUAACACCUCAGUAUCGUCUCCUAAUUCUGAUCCUGAAAGCAGGUUUAAACGAAAAUCUUCUAAUUCUGAGGCACCACUGCCUUUUAAGAUCACAAGGGUGACUAGUCAAGCAUUUGAAAAUAAAAAGGAGGAGGAGGAUGAUGAUGUCAUCAUUUUGGAAGAGAACAGUACUCCAAAACCUGCAGGAGCAGACUGUGACAUCAAAAUAGUAAAAGUUGAAGGCGGUGCUAAUAUGGAUUAUAAUGAUGUUGAAACAGAUGAUUCCAAGAACAAAGAUGCUUAUUCAGAAACAAAAUGUACAAAGGGAACUGCAGCAACACAAACUGAAACAGAACACCUUGUAAUAAAAAAAGAAGAAACAGAGGACAAUUCAGAUAAAAGUGUAUCCAGAUUAGAACCUGAAGUAACCAUCCUACAUUCUGAUGUAACUCUGCUAGAACCUGCUCAUGUUUCAGACUCUUCUUUUGUGGAUGUGAACGUCAGAAUAAAUGAACUAAGCAAUCAGCUGCAGUUAGCCAACAGUGAAAAAGAAAAAUACCAAAAACAGUGUGAUAAAUUGUUCAAAGAGGUAAAUAUGUUAAAACAAAAGAUAAUAGAAAUAAAUGAUAAGCAUAUGAAAAAAGAAAUGUGCCAUCAGUCAACAGAAACAAAUAGUAUAUUAUUCGAAGAAGAACUAGAAAAAGUUAAAGACAAACGUCCAGAAGAGGUGCUGAUUCUCUAUGAACAGGCAUUGAGAGAGAUGAGAAGGCUGAAAGAACAAUGUGAUACUCUGCAAAAUUUAAAAUCUGAAUGUAGUAAAUGUAGAAAUAGUGAGAAUAAAAGUGAAGUAGAUGAAAUGGCCGCACAACUUGAUGAUGUUUUCAGGCAGCUGGACAAAUGCAGCAUUGAAAGAGACCAAUAUAAAAAUGAGAUUGAACUACUGGAAAUGGAAAAAAAUCAGCUGCGUUUUCAGUGUGAAGAGCUGAAAGCCGAAAAUGCACAGUUAAAAUCUUCAAUUCCACAAAUGGUUGGCCAUGCAAACAAUUCUGUGGCUAGUAAUCUUGAAGAUCCUGUAAAUUAUUCUGAUGGGGAAAGCCUGAAGCUGCGAUCCCUGCGAGUUAAUGUGGGACUACUACUGGCAACAAUAAUGCCUGAUCUUGAUUUGCGACAAAUGAAUUACGACAUCGAUGUAGUUGAUGAACUAUUAGGACAAGUUGUAGAGCACAUGAAUGAAUUCAGUAGUGCUUAAUUUUUCUCUGGAAUCGUAAUAUACUUUGUUCAACCUUCUAUUUUAAUGUGAAGUUUCCAACCUGUAAAGAUGAGUAAUUUUAGGACCAAAUUAGAUGGGAUGCUAAAUGCAUCACUUGGUGAAGUGGUAUGGUUGUUUUUUUAACAGUUAAUAGAUGCUGCCAAAAAUGGUUGUUUUUUCAGGACUGCAGUGUACAAAUUGUGUUUGUGACUAAAAUCACCCCUCCUUCAUAGUUGUUACUUUCCUCAGAAGAUGCCUAUGGGGCCUUGCCUUCUGGGACUAAUACAGCCCUAGGGGAGGGGUGAUCUUGGACGCUGCAGACCUGAUGAAACUUGGGGUGGAGGUGCACAGCUAUUAACAAAAAGGCACAUUCUUUGUAUCAUAUCUGGUUUCAUACUAAUUAAAAGCAUAAUGUUUAUGCAUCAAAUGUCACCACAGAUGUGUUGUACUACCAUUUUGCAAUUUUCAGCAUUACUAUGGAUGCUUCAUGUUUAGAGUGCAUUCAAAAGUCAAGUACAGUUGCUGUAAAUGCUGCCCUAUACUUUUAUUUUCCUUUUAAAAGAGACACUGGCAAUAUUGGCAAGUAGCAUUUUCUCCAAAUUACUAGUAUUUUAUAGUGGCCUAUGAGUAUUUCUAAACUUUGAUACAUGAUCAGGUAUUAUAUACUGAUUGAGAGUAUUGCAAAACAAUUGUUAUAAUGUCAGUUUAUGUUUUUAAUUAAAAGUUAAAGAUUUAUUAAAAUCAUGGUUUUUCAGGUAUUAUUUUUCCAUACUUUUAUAUUUUUGAUGUGUUUCAUUUCUCACCAUAUUCUUCAAUAGUUGAAUGUAUUAUAAAGUCUGGCUAAAAAAAUUUCUUGUCUGUAUGGAGAAUAUUAUUUAAAUUUGUACUGUACAUUUACACUUUAAGGAAAAGCGAAUAAAUGGAAAUAAGUUUUUAUUUACAUGAAAAUUAAUUGAAAGAUGUAUAUUUUGUAAGAAAUUGGGGGAAACACAUUCGGUUCUUCUGAGUGAUGGGGGAAACUAAAUGGGCAAAUACAAUUUUUUCCUAAUAAUAAAAAAAACCUACAUGUU